AUGGAUCCGAUUGAAACUCCCAAAGUCAAAAUCGAAAAUGACGAAGUAUUGAAGUCUGAAGAGAAGAAUAAAACUGCGCUUUCUUGGCCCCAAAAGUCUACUGCAGAAUCAAAUAACAUCGACGAAGACACCUGCUCAGUCCAAAGUUCGAUACGAACGGAGAUCACACAACAGUCUGAAAAUAGCCCCGAGGCUAUGGAUUCUGAAUCCCAAUAUCCUGCAGAAUUGGAACACCUCUUGAACCCUACCGCCUACUAUGAUAAGUUGGAUGAGUUGGAAGCUCAGAUUGCUAGAAUGUUGUGCCUGGAGAAAGAUCCUAAUACACACAUUUUGACUACUUCUGAGGCCUUUGGAAUCUCCGAGCAAAACUCUGAUACUAUUCUCGAACUCCAAAGCAAGGGCUUUUUGAAUACACUUAGCUGCGCUAGCCGUGCUAUUUCUCAUCUACAGACAGAAGGAUUCUGUGGAGGUAUGUUCUCCAUCUUCGUCGAAGAUGAGCUCCACACGCACAUUGCCAAUGCUGUUCAUAUAUCCCUUGAUAAUAUGGAUGAUUUGAAUAUAAGCCCCGACAUGCAUGCAACCAAUAUUUUCCGCCAUAUCAUGAAAGGGAAACCGCCUGGCAUGAAUCCACCCUCAAGCCCUUUCAUCUUCAACUUUUUGCGAAAUAUUUUACCACUUGCGCUUCUUUCUUUUACUGGAUCCCAUGUUUGUCGUUUUGACCUGAGCUUGUGGGGUCAACUUAAACAUGACGAGAUUCCUGUCGGACUUGGGCUCUCUUUCAGGCCCAGAGAAUUGGCCUGCUUGAAGGACUUCAUUGGAGGGCCUGUAUGGGUCCUUGGAAAAGCUAGAGAUCAACAGAUACAGGAGGAGGGAUUAAAAUUAUCCUUGUCCGUCCAAGAUCUUCAAGAACUGUGGGGACCAGUCUGGCUGGUGGGAGGAGCAGCCGAUGAAGGACCAAUCAUCCGAACAGAACGAGGCUUCAUCGCGCCUUUGCCACGAGAGGAACAAGCUCCAAACUUUCAAAAGAACGGGGAAAUAAAUUGCCAUUGGACAAAAGACGUUCCCGAAUACAUCGAUAGAGAGGAUCGAAUUCUGCUGAAUGGCAACUCUCGGAUUCUCAUUGGUAGUGAUCCAAGGAUCGCUGGCGGACUUGCAGUUAAUCUGAAUUGCAAAUCUCAGAUAAGUUAUAUACAACAGCAGAUAUCACAUCAGUUCCAAAUUCCAGGAGCCUGCAAUGACUAUAAUAUACUGGAGGGCCAUGAAAUACCGCUCACUGCAGGCCAUCUGGUCAAGGCAGGAGUUAACAUUAAAAUAAAGCGAAUGCCAGGAACGACACACAAAGGCAGAUUGCUUUCAAGGUGUUGCAAUGCUGAAGCGGAUAUCUGGCCUGUGCUGAGCCUUCGGGUUGGUUUGGAAAUAAGUGCAUGCACUGGAAAUGCCCGGCGAAUUACCCUCUGGGAUGCUCUACGUCUAUCUCAAACAAAGGAUCAGACACAAAAUGUCCCGUUUUGCAACCACGAAAUUCCGGACCCAAAAUGCAUUCAAAUGUGCUGGACAAGACUGCCUUCCACAGCUGCAGAUUCCUUUUCAACAAUGGAAAUUGCACCCCCGAGCGAUACCAUCCUCAACUGCCCCGUCCAUAAAAGACUUCAAGAAAAAACCCUCACCAAAGAUCAAAUACGCCAGGCCAUCGUUUCAUCAAUACAAGAACUGGAGUUUACAGGAAUUGAUGUCGAAGGGAAUCUUCAAGCUUAUUGGCCUUUCCUGAGGGCUCCGACAAGUCGUCGUAUUGUACCAACCCGCUUCAACAAAUGGUUGGACAUCUUGGCUGAUACUCGUGACAUGUCUACAUUCGCUGUUGUCAGUCAGAGAUGCCUCAAUUUUCGGGAAGGUUGUGCUGCGAAUGAAUCCCUUUCGGAGAUUUGCACUGAAAGCUACCGAGAUCCAAUUCAAAAGACGUGUCUCUCACUACGGGUUGUACCUCGACCUGUAUCUGAAAACGCAAAGCCCCGUAGGCGCUUCAAGAUCAGACUAUUAACCCCACUAGGUUCCUGCUUGACAGAUCUCAACCCUGGCUCAGCAUUUCGUAUUGGUACAAGGCAACUUUUUGUGAAGAAAUCGUGGCAAUGCCAGCAGAAGAUUAUGGUUGCAUAUACCAGUUCCAAGUUUGAUCUCAGUUCAAAGUGGACAGGAGUUUUGGAAUUUAAAGAGGAGCUAAACCCCGAGAUCAAGGGGUUGGAAGCCAUCGAUGUUAUUAUCUGUUCGAAGGAGUAUGGUGACAGUUGA